CCGUCAUUCCCGCAGCUACAAGCAAGCAACAAUCCAUUCCCCCUCAACAGCACACUCACAACGAUGGUUCAAGAUCUCCCCCCAUCCGGUGGCUAUGAGCCAAUCCAAUACCGCCGCAACAUCCCAUUCCGCGGUCUCCGUCCCAGUUACUACCUCCUCGGUAUGGGCCUGAUCUGCGGCUACGGUUUCUACGCCACCAUGAACGGCAUCAAGGAGCGGCGCGAGAUGGCGCGCGAAAAGGUCUGGGCGCGCAUCUACCUUACUCCCAUGCUCCAGGCGGAGGCGGAUCGCGACGACGUCCGUAGACACUUUGCCGCACAGCAGAGGGAGAAAGAACUCAUGAAGGAUGUUAAAGGGUGGGAUUUGGGCGGUGUAUACAACAGCGACCGUUUCGUGAGGCCCACGUACACGGUUGCGCCGCCGGCUGAGGCUGUCAUCUCUGAGAAAGACUUCAUCAAGAUGCUGGAUGCGGAGGCGGCAGAGAAGAAAUAAGGGUUGCGAGUGUGUUCAAAUGGGGAGGGCUCCUGGAUAUGUUGCGGCUGGUUGGUUGUAUCAUACGGCAAAGAGAGAGAUUUGCGGAUUACGUAUUCGAAAGUAUCCACC